UUCGCGGCGCCGCGGCCGCGCGCUCUCGCACACUCCACACGCUGCUCUCUAGCCGGCCGGUCGCGCGCCUUCCUCCGCUCUCUCGCGACUCUCCGCCAGCCGUCCGCCGUCCGUCGCACACGUAGUAUUGAUCGACUGGACAAAGGAACUGACCACCAGUUCGCAAGAAACCCUCCGACGGUGCGCACCACCACCCGCCGUCGCAGCGAGAGACACACAACAACAAACGCGAUUCAAAUGCGCGCGCGCUCGCUGCUGAUAUUCAUUCAUAAACGCAAACAAAAACUUUUCACCGCGCGUGUGAGUGAGUGCUGACUGAAGUUUUAAGUGAGUGAGACAAGUGUAUGUGUGUGUACAUCUUCUUGUCGUCGUCGUCGUCGUCCUGUUGCGUCCGCCCACGCGUGCCGUUGCGAUACUACUACUGACUUUACGAGUUUUAAUAACUCGUGGAAAACUUUGCAACUAGCCGGGCGCACGCGCUCCCGCUCUGCUGAGAGGAAAAGUGGAAAUCGAAAUCUCAUCUGCUGCGCGCGGCAUAAACAAACAAACCACAACGUGGUUGAAUUAAUCAGCUGCCGCCGCCGCAGUUUGUGUUGUUUUCCAACGGAUCGGAUACCCGCGACUGCGCUCGCACCGAGUGCGUGUACAUCCGCGCGGCUUCUCCCACCACCACCACCACCGGCCGCAAUUGUAUACACCGCGGCGGUGCACGUGGUUGUGUGCCCCUGUGCUACUGUGCUACCGUCUUCAGUUCGGUGCAUGUUGUGUUGAGACGAUGAUGCUGUCGACGAAGGCAGGCAAGCGCCCGCUGCGCUCGCUGACUGCACACGAGAAACUCGAGGCGAUCAGACGUGUGCACGACGGCGAAAGUAAAGCGUCGGUCGCGCGCGAUAUUGGUGUGCCCGAAUCAACCCUUCGCGGCUGGUGCAAGAACGAAGAGAAGAUCUCCUACAUUUCACGGCAAUCAUCGCCGGACACCGACGACUCCAUGCACAUGCUCUACGAGCCCAAAGAGAAGAAAAUCAAGCUCUCCGAUAUGGACACCCCCUUCAAUCUGAGCCUCAAGAGUGUCGACGGGUUGGAUAAACCAAUUAAUCUAAAAAGUGAUAGCACCUCAAAGAUGCUCAGCGAACGUGAGCGCAAUCGCGCCGAAUUGGCUCGCAUCAGCGUGGAGUUGGGCCUGAAUCGGCCGGAAAUGUACUCGGCGGGAAAUUCGCUCGCUGAUCUCACCUCCAACAUUGGCCUGCUCAGCCAAUGGAAUAAUUUGCUGCUCCAGCAAGCGACGAGUACGGCAGCGGCGAGUUCAUCCAAGAAAAAGAUCGCCGCAGCCGACACCAGCUCAAAUGUGAUCACCUCCUCGAACAACCUGCUUACCACCUUCAACAAAGACUCCACCACCAGCAGUAGCAGCAAACUCAAUGGUCUCGACCUCCCGAAAUUGGACUCGCAGAAAUCCGUUGAGGAUUCCGUCUGGUACUGGCUCAAAACCCAUCAGAUGCUCGGAUUCAACCAAGGUACCAAUCUGCUUGGUAAUCUUCCAUCAUCCACCUCAAACACAAGCAGUUCCAUGACGCUGCCGCCCACCAGCUCAACGACGGACCAAAACAGCUCCUGGUUCUGGAAGUGGUACAAGCAGUACACGCAAGCAGCCCAACAACUCCAACAACAACACCAGCAACAGCAACAAGCAGCAUCCCAACAAUUACAACCGCAACAGAACGCGCAGGCGAUCCUCUACCAGCAGUUGACAAAGGAAGCCAAGGAGGCCAAGUCCGCCGAGUCGCCCAAAGCUGCCGAACCGUCGGCGAGCGCGGAUAACGCCGAGAAUCAGAACAAGGCCGAGACACAGGGUGAGAAACCACAGAGUAAUACGAAUAAAGCGCGCGCCGUAUUGGACAACCUUCUGCUGAACAACAACAACGUCCAGCAGACCAAUUGCAACGGCGGCAAAGACGCCGGCGACGAUCUCUCGCAAACCGAGGCGAUCGAGCACGGCGAGAAGUUCCUCAAAUGGCUAGAGUGCUGCAGCGAACCAUCAGUCACCGCUAUGCAAAUCAUGCAGUUCCGCGGGUUGAUCAACAACAUUAAGACCGGCGCGGAUCGCAAGAACGGCGACGUGCAAAAGACAAAAGUCCGUCGGAAAUAAACCACCACCACCACCGCCGACGACGACGACUUGAUAUUCAAUUUCUCCAAUGAAGGCUUGUGUACAGCUCAAACCAAAUUCGUAAUUUAAUAAAUAUUAUUAGUAAAAUCACGCGUUUCGACAAACGGAGGUGAGAAAAUGGCGAAAAGAAUUGAAAAAAUCACAUAUAUAAAUAGUUGAAGCGUUUUUUAUGUAGUCUAUGUAAAAUUCUAUUUGCUAAUUCGAUAUCCGACGAUUUGUAAAGAUUUAAAAAGUAAAUUUCAUCCUUCGAAUGCCAGUGUUACCAAAAAAAAGCAGAAAAUAAUUCACUCGAUGCGAAUGCCCGCGACUGUGACUGACAAAACACUUUUUAGUCAUUUGUACCAUACCGAUUACUUAUCAUUAUUAUCGAAUAGAUUGUAUUAGAGUGCCAAAUAAUAAUUAUCGCAAACCGAGCGCGAAUUAUUUGAUUAACAUCGCGGUCAUAAUCUCGCGCGCACUUUUCGCUGAUUGCGUUUCGCAGGUUGUGCGCCGCGCUAGAGUUAAUUUUCCGACUGAUUAUAUUUUGAUUGAAAACACUAAUAUUGAUCUCAUAUUUUAUGUUUAAUGAACCGCAUACGGAUUGACACACCCGAUGCCAAAGUAUUAUUAUAUAAUUAUACCCCGAUCACGCUUUGUAAAUUAUUUUCAAACCAAUUUUUGUCCAAUUUUUAUGUAAAUAUAAUUAAAUUUUUCCUAUAAUUGUGUAGCCUCUUUGCAAAACGACACACUAUUGUAAAUAUACUUGUUACUUAAACUGACGAUUGCAAAGAGAAUUUUAUGAAAUGCAACCAAAUGUUUGUGCUUAUUUUCCACACACACACACUAAUCACAAAACACUUUGUUAACAAAACAAGAAAAAAUCUGUAUUACUAUUAAAUUAAAGCAGCACAAAUUUUUAGACGUUGCUGCAAAUCAUGUGAAUUGAACACGAAAGGAAAUGAUAAAAAAAAUUGUACAGUUAACUAUAAUUAACUAUUUAGUCAUUUUUGAUAGUCCUAUAUAUUUAGUUUUGAACGCAUUAAAAAAAAUUGUAAAAUUUGUUAUUUGUUCAGUGAAGUUUUCAUAUAAGAAUGACGACGAUGUAAAGCGAAAGAUUCGGAAGUAAAUCAAAAUUGUGAAGCAAGAUAAGCGCGAAAUAAAAAAUCUAUGAAGGCACGUGACUUUGUAUUUUUAAAACUUUUUGGAGAGACGAAAAAAAAAAACGAAUUACCGAAAGUCUUGCACAUCACUUUUACAUAAAUAAUAUUAUAUGUGAGUAAACACACACAAUUGCAGUCGAAUGUGAAAUAUUUGAAGCAAAAAUUGAUAUUUUUCUGUAUAAAAACAAAGAGUCAUAACACUUUCAAACUUAUCUUCGUUUACAUUCAUUAAAUAUGUUUCUAAUUA